CGAGUGAAUCAGACUUUCCAAUUAAAAGUUGAUUUGUGAUUUCUAUGGUCGCUUACCCCUAAAAUUAACUUUGUAUCACAUUGAUAAUUUACAAGGCAAUAAUUGUCUUUAUAAGACCAGAUCAACUGUAAUAAUUAAUGUUAUUUAAGCUGAGCCUUAUAGUACUAGAUUUUGAAGCUCAAACCACUAAGUGUCCGAAAAGAAGUAAUCUUGUCGCGUGGAUAGAGACUAAGUCUGGUAUAGCUCGGUGGUCACGAUUCUGCUAGACCACGCUCGUCACGAGUUUGGUAAAUCUCGGUAAUCGCGAGUUCUAGACCACAUCGCGAGUCCGCUAGACCACGCUCGUUGCGAGUCUACUAGAUCAUACUCGUCGCGAGUUUGGUAAACCUAGGUGGUCGCGAGUCCGCUAGACCUCUAGCUCAUCGCGAGUCCGCUAGACCUCUAGCUCAUCGCGAGUCCGCUAGACCUCUAGCUCAUCGCGAGUCCGCUAGACCUCUAGCUCAUCGCGAGUCUACUAGAUCAUGCUCGUCGUGAGUUUGGUAAACCUCGAUGGUCGCAAGAUCUAGACCACGUCGCGAGUCCGCUAGACCAUGUUGGUAAUGAGAUCUAGAAGGCCUUAGCCAUGAGAUCUAGACCAUGUCUAAGAUCUAAACUAACAAGUUGGAAGUCAGAGAGCUAGACCACGUUGGCCUCAAGUCUAGUAGACCACGAUGGUCGUGAGUAGGUAUCGUCACAUCAAGUUUGGUAGUCCUAUUAUCCCACGGGAGGCAAGUAACAAGACGACAGUUCCAAAUGAGAGAGCAUGUGAUUAACUAGGCAACUGCCUAUUAUCCCACGUUCAAGGACACGUCAACCACGUCCGAGGAAAUCAUUCAUUUAACAUGGGGAGUACAAAAAUUUAUGUUAAGCCAGCUAAUCAGGAUGCUUCGUGAUAACUUCCUGACGAAGUGGAUGACUCACCUAAAACGACAUCAUGACCGCCUUUUUCUUGACUAAAAUAGCGCUUUCGGCGCCGUUUUUCUUUGACGUCUAGUCUUCAUGGCUCCAGCAACUUGGGCUCGAUGUCCUCUACGACUUCCAAGUGGCCCUAGGCUACUUUGCCCUGAAAAUGCACAAAACGCUACCAAAACUCAAUUGUAUAAUUGCAUUCCAAGUGCUGCUAGAACACAUUUGAAACAAUCACAACAAUAAUUCGAUGUAUUAUGACGAUAAUGAUGGCAAUGUAUGCAUUUUGGGUCAUGAUAUGGGCAUCUAGAAUAGAUAGUUUCACAUAGGGGUGGAAAUCGGUACGGUAUCAGGAUCCCAAUACCAAAUACAGAAAUCCCGAAUACCGAAUUACACCCUAAAGUAUAUCCCACCCAAUCCCUAAAUAUUUCGGUAUCCCAAUCGUUAUUAUCGAAUAUAAAAUUAAUUAUCUUUGCAAUUAAUAAUUAAAUAUAUAAAUGAGAUUUUAUUGCUUAAUUUAGGGCAAAGAGACUAAGCAAAUUGUCUUGAAUUUGCCUAGAGGUAAGAUAUGAACAAUGAAGGAGAGAUCACACCUCAAAUUCUUGUCAUUUGUAAUAUUUAAUUUGAUGAAUUGAAAGCUGAGAGACGAAUAAUACUCAUGUUUGUGGUUUUUGUUUUCUUCCCCUUUGUUACCAUAAUAAUUAUAUUAAUCAAAACGGGCCCGUGGCUGCUAUAAAUAGCGCAUCCAUGAGCACUGAAACUCGAUCCCAAACCUCUCACCCAACCCAACCCAUCCACCUCUCUCGAUCGAACUAUACUCUCUCCACCCCAUAACACAACAAAACAAAACUAUGCCGUCGAAACUAGCCGAUGCUUUCAGAUCCCACCCAGUAGACAUCCAACCGAAAAACCUCCACGACUUCACCUCCCUAAAAGAGCUCCCGGACUCCUACCAAUGGUCCUCCGAGCAGGACCGACCAGAACCCGAACCGGUUCAUCACGAACCGGUGCCCGUGAUCGACCUCUCGGACCCCAACGCGCUCGAGGAAAUCGGCCAUGCAUGCACACGGUGGGGAGUGUUUCAAGUCGUCAACCACGGAGUCCCCGCCGCCGUCCUCGACCGGAUGGAGGACGUCGCCAAGAGUUUCUUCAGCCUGCCGGCUCACCAGAAGCUCAAGGCGGCCCGGUCACCCGACGGGAUCUCCGGCUACGGCUUGGCCCGGAUCUCCUCGUUUUUCCCAAAACUCAUGUGGUCGGAAGGCUUCACCAUGGUUGGCUCCCCGUUGGAGCAUUUCCACAGAAUUUGGCCUCAUCAUUACACCCGAUUCUGUGACAGCGUGGAAGAGUACGAGAAACAAAUGCACAAUCUGGCACAAACGUUGAUGUGGCUAAUGCUUGGUUCCCUUGGGAUUACAAAGGAAGAUUUGAAUUGGGCUAAUAAUAAUAGCAAUAGCACCACCACCCCAAGAGGUGGACCAAAGAAAGAGGCAGCUGCUGGCUCCUCGGCCGCGAUCCAACUGAACCACUACCCGAGAUGCCCCGACCCAGACCGAGCCAUGGGUCUCGCCCCACACACAGACUCCACCCUCGUCACCAUCCUCCACCAGAGCAACACCAGCGGGUUGCAGGUGCUGAGGGCCGGCGGAGGGGCUGGAUGGGUCACGGUCCCUCCGAUUCGAGGCGGGCUGGUCGUGCACAUCGGCGACCUGCUCCACAUACUGUCCAACGGGUUGUGCCCGAGCGUGAUCCAUAGGGCCGUGGUUAACCGGGACCGGAACCGGAUAUCGAUUGCCUACCUUCAUGGCCCACCUUCGAAUGUGAGAAUCUCGCCCGUGCAAAAACUUGUGGGGCCAAGUCAACCUCAAAUGUAUAGGGCAGUGAGUUGGAGUGAGUACCUAGGCACCAAGGCCAAGCACUUCGACAAGGCUCUUUCUUCGGUUAGGUUGUGUGCUGCUGCUGACUGCUGAGGCAAAAGAUGGAGUGCAAGUUGGCUAAACCCAGCUGCCUAGUAGCUACACAGCACAACUUUCCAUCCCAUUAGCAAAAAUCAAAUUUUGUCCUCUCCUUCGUUUUCCCCUUUGUCUCCUUUAUUAUUAUUUUUAGUUUAAUUCGUUUUAAUUUGGCUCUUUAUUGGAUUGGUUUUUUUUGUAAGCAUAUGAGUUAUGACAUGUACAUUUCUCCCCUUUUUCAUCCUAAAUAUGAAUUUAACUGUACGAAUCUUUAAUUUAAAAAUUCUUAUGUUGAUCUCAAUGACGCUGUUAUGGGACAAUCUAAGUAUCACAUCGGAAAUACAAGGGAAGGAACACUUGUAUGUUAGUGUCCACCUACCCCAAUUAGUACGAGGCCUUUUGGAGAGAAUACCCAAGAAUAAAACCGUGCGGGCUUGGCCCAAAGUGUACAAUAUCGUACUAAUUGAGCAGCCCAAUUUGCGACAGACGCGAAUUACUAUAAUUUGAAUGCUAAUAUAAAGAGAUGGUUAUUGGGAGAUUACUUUGGUUGCUUGAAAUGCUACAAAGGCAAUGAUGAUUUCAUUUUUAGUGAGGUGAAUGAAAUUUUCUCAUUAAAUAUUAGCAACCAAAAGUUUUUGUAAGAUAUGUAAUUGUUUUAAUUAUAUAUGUGGACCAAAAAAUUUCCUAUAACCAGUAAGUGCAGUAACAUAUGUCAAUUUUGUAGAAAAUUUUAUUUAUUGGAAUAUCAGUCUAAUCAAAAUAGCUCAAUUCUAGAAGAUCAAUUAAAAUAACUCAAUUCUAGAUCUACUGAUCCAACAAAAUCUAAUUUUGGAUGACUAAGUUAAACAGUCAAAUAUAUUUUUGCUGUUAUCGUGUCAUACGUCUCAUCACCAUCACUUCAUGUAUGAAAAUUUUGCAAAUAAAUACAAAGGGAUCAUUGUACAACUAUUCAACAUUUUCAAACUAAAUGGGAUCAAUAAGUUAAGCGCGCGCACCCAGUCAUCUUGUGCGUCAGAUCAUAUCUAAUACAGAGACAACUAUAUACACUCACUUGCUCACUAUAUAUGUGCACACUAGUCACGCAAUUUUAAAUAAUUAUUGUUCAUAAAUUUGCAUGUUAACUCAUCUGACAACAGUUUACUUGAAGGUAUCGUUUAGAUAGAGUAUUUGGGUGGGUUAUUUGUGAGUUAUUUGGGCACAAAUAACUCGUUUGGCAAUAUUUUGUUGAAAUGGGUUAUUUGGACAAUGAGUUAUUUAUAAAUAACUCAAAAGGAGUUAUUUGAAAUAACUCAUAUCCCCGUGUAAUUUUGAAAUAACUCGUUUUAUCACUAGACUGUUUUUCCCAAAUACUACUUGUCGAAUACCACAUUUGCAUGGUUCUACGAAACGAAAUACUUUAACCCAAUUAGCACUGAAAUAACAUUGAAAUACCACAUGACCAAUUAAUGAGUUAUUUACAAAUACCAUUUGACUAAUUAACCAGUUAUUUGAACAGUGAGUUAUUUACAACUAACUCAAAAAUAAAUUAUUUGAAAUAACUCAUACCCUUGUUAUAUCGAAAUAACUAGUUUUACCACUCUGUUUUUGUCAAAUACCAUAUGUCAAAUGAGCACUUUUACUAUGCUAUAUAGUAUUGGUGCUUUAAUGUACAACUCAAAUACCAUAUAAUGAUUCUACCAAACGAGAUACUUUAAUCCAAUUACCACGAAAAUAACACUAAAAUAGCACAUCAACAAUUAAUGACUUUGUUGACUAUACAAAUAUACCAUUGACAAUUGAAAAGUAAAUAAGGAAAUUUGUAACAUGCUUUAGUAUUUAGGAAGCGAUGGAAAUUAUGGCAAAUCAUAUCGCUUAGAAAAGUAUUGAAAUUUUCUUCUCUGGAAAGGGUACAAACAACAAUACACUGUAUGCAUUAUUUAAAAAAAAAAAGUAUACACUAACUAAAUGGAUAACGAGUGGAGUUUCAUAUAUACUAGGUGGAUCGCGCUUCGCUGCGGCUUCACAUAUGAUCAGAUAUAUUGUUUGCUAAUCCGUAUUUGAUUUGUAACCAUGUUUAGCAGUGGUUUAGUAGAAAAACUUCUUACAGAAUCUAAGUUGGCAGGAGAUUUUAAUUGUAUGCACUGAUUUAAUCAUGGUUGAACUUCAUUUUUAGAUGAAAAUACCCUAAUGCUAGCUUUUCCGGUACGACCUUCGGUAUAGUUUUACAAAUUUUUUUGUUUUUCCUAAACAUACAUUGUGGCUCGGGUUGGAGCAACGUGUCAACCCUGAUUUAACGACGAAUGAACUAUGAUUUUAGCACAAAAUAUCCUAAUUCUAACUUUCCUGGUACGACAUUCGAUAUGGUUUUACAAUUUUUGUUAGUUUUUUUUCUUGAUCAUAAAUCAAGGCUUGACUUGGAAGCAAUGUGUUAAGCCUGAUUUUAACACGGUUGAACUACAAUUUUAGUACAAAAUAUUGUAAUACUAACUUUUUUGGUACAACCUUAGGUAUGGUUUUACAAUUUUUGGUUUUUUUAACAUAAUUCGAGGCUCGGUUGGAGCAACAUGUCAAGCCGUAUUUAACCACGAUUGAACGACGAUUGUACCGUACUGGCGGUGCAACCAAAGAAGUCCUAACGGAAUCUAAACCGGUAGGUGAUUUUAGUUGUAUGAAAUUAUUUAACCACAAUUGUACUACGGUUUUAGGACAAAAUGCUCUAAUGCUAACUCUUUCGGUACGACCGUCUGAAUGGUUUUACAAUUUUUUUCCGAACAUGUAUCGAGGCUUUGGUUGGAGCAAUGUGUCGAGCCUGAUUUAACCACUAUUGAACUACGAUUUUACACAAAGUACCCUAAUGCUAACUCUCAGUAGUGUUCGAGGUUGUGAAUCCAGUUUGGCCGGUUGACCCGGUCGAAUUAGUGGGUCAAGAAUUAAUAAGUAUUUACGAAACAAUACGGUAUUGGCGGUUCGGCCAUAAAAAUUUUCUAACGGUAGGUGGUUUUUAACCUAUGAAAUGGUUAAACCAUGGUUGAACCACGACUUCGAUACAAAAUACUCUACCACUAACUUUUUUGGUAAAACCUCUAAUACCAAACCUUCAAAUUAAUCCCGUGCAAACCAAAUAAUUGUUUGCGAAACCAUACGGCAUUGGCAGUUCGACCAUACAAAUAUUCUAUAGGUAUGUGAUUUUUAACGUAUGAAAUGGUUGAAUCACGAUUGAAUCACAACUUCGAUACAAAAUACCCUACCACUAACUUUUUUAUUACCCUACCGCUAACUUUUUUUAAUUCAACCUCUAAUACCAAACCUUCUGAUUAAUCUCAUGCAAAACACAAAAUAAAUAAAAAAAUGCCACUACUUAAAGGGCACACACAUAAGUGACAGGAGAGGAACUAUUUUACAUGGAAGCAGAAUUCUUGCGAGUGAGCUAAAAUGAUGACAGCUUGUUCAUAUUAGCAACACUCUUAUGGAACAGUAACACAAUUGUAUCUUUAAUAAUAUUCAUAGAAGAUA